GCACACCUGUUCAUUUCUUCCUUUUGUCAUAUCUCUGCACAGUCUGCAAAUACAAAAAGAAGAAGAAGAAGAAGGAAAACAAAAAAAAAGAACCUAGGGCUCGGUGCAAGUUCACGGGGUAACCGGGCAUUCAUUUGACAGGACUAAUAAUUUGUCCACGGCGUCCGAUUCUUCGGUCAGCAAUUGAGUGCUUCGUUGCAUUAUGACCGAAACCACCAAGCUCGCCAUGCGGUCUGAGAGACCCUCACUACGACACAGCUCAAUGUCGGGUGGUUCCUUCAUCCAAGACCACCAACAGUACAAGCCCACACCGCCAAUCACCCAAAACAUAACCGAUGUCCUUCUGACGGCAGGCGAAACCAACAAAAACUCUCUCUUCUACAAUACGAACCCUAUCAGCCCAGAUCCUGAAAAGGUGACCGAGAGCGGCAUCGUCCAUAGUAUUUUUCCCAGAUCGCCAAAUCCGCUCCCGGCAGGGACUACCAAGCUUGUGGCGACUAUCUACUACAAAACGGCGACUGCUCAUCCUCAUGCCAAUACCUUCAGCGCCGAAGGCGGUGUACUCCCGUCUCCGUCGGUCCCCAUUGGGUCUGCUCCAACAGUUGAUAUUGAGAAGCUACCCCGCGAGCCUCCGGCGCCAGAGCCAGAGCCCUUAGAUCAUCUCUACGGCCCGUUUGUGUCACAAUUAUGUCUUACCCACUUCUUGCAAAUCUUGGAGGGUCUGCACACUCCAUAUCAGCGCAUGAACACGUCGCAUCGUUGUUUGGACCAGGAAGAUCAGCCUCGGGUGGUGGAAGUGACUGUUUCACCACUACCCAAUCCUGAGUAUCUGUCGUUUGAUGAUUUGCGUAAGCACGAAAGUAUUUGGCGAUUUGAGCGGGAAUGGAAUGUCGAAGUCGUGCUGCAGAAGGAAAGUGUUUUCAGGCGGUACAAGCGCUUGGCCAUUUUCGACAUGGACAGCACCCUGAUUCAGGAAGAGACCAUUGAUGAGAUUGCUAGGUUCGUCGGUGUAGAGAAGGAAGUUUCGGCUAUCACCGAGAGAGCUAUGAAUGGCGAACUUGAUUUCACCUCAUCACUAAAAGCCCGUGUCAGCCUUUUGAAAGGUGUCCCCGCUGACGUAUUUGACAAGCUCCAAAACAUCGUCACCAUUUCUCCGGGUGCUCGCGAGCUAUGCAAAGCGCUAAAAGCGUUGGGAUACAAAAUUGCAGUUCUCAGCGGCGGUUUCCAACCCUUGGCCAAUUGGCUUGCCAAAGAACUCGGCAUAGACUAUGCAUUUGCCAACCAUCUCGCCGUCGAUGAAACAACCCAAACCCUAACCGGCAAACUAGUCGAAGGCAAACCCAUCAUCGACGCCAACCAAAAACGCUUUCUUCUCCGCAAAAUCGCAGCUGAUAACAACAUCCCCCUCACACAGACCAUUGCCAUCGGUGAUGGAGCAAAUGAUCUCCCGAUGCUGCACGAAGCAGAGUUGGGUGUUGCAUGGCGCGCAAAGAGUAAAGUGCAACUCGAAGCUCCCGCACGAUUGAAUGGGGAGACGUUGACGGAUAUUUUGUAUUUGUUGGGAUUGGGGGAUGAGGAUAUUAAGGAGUUGAAGGCUAUUUACUCGUAA